AUGGAUCUGGGAGCCUCGGGAAAUGACUCAGUCGUCACUGAGUUUGUCCUGCUGGGCCUAACAGAGACUCCAGCUCUGCAGCUGAUCCUCUUUGUCAUCUUCCUUCUCGCUUAUGUAGUUACUGUUGGUGGCAAUUUCAGCAUCCUGGCUGCCAUCCUCAUUGAACCCAAACUCCACACGCCCAUGUACUUCUUCCUGGGAAACUUGUCCUUGCUGGAUGUCGGGUGCAUCAGUGUCACUGUCCCUGCCAUGCUGAGGCGCUUCCUAUCCAGUGAGAAAAGCAUUCCCUACGGGGCCUGCCUCUCACAGCUUUUCUUCUUCCACCUCCUGGCCGGGGUGGACUGCUUCCUGCUGACGGUCAUGGCCUAUGACCGCUACCUGGCCAUCUGCCAGCCCCUCACCUACAGCACCCGCAUGAGCUGGGGACUCCAGCAAGCCCUGGCAGGCAUGUCAUGUGCCUUUUCCUUCACCAACGCGCUGACCCAAACUGUUGCUUUAUCUACUCUUAAGUUCUGUGGCCCCAAUGUGAUCAAUCACUUCUACUGUGACCUCCCACAGCUCUUCCAGCUCUCCUGCUCCAGCACCCAGCUCAAUGAACAAUUGCUCUUUGUAGCAGCAGCCUUCAUGGGUGUGGCCCCUUUGGUUCUCAUCACGGUGUCCUAUGCACACGUGGUAGCUGCAGUCCUGAGAAUCCGCUCUGCCGAGGGCAGGAAGAAGGCCUUCUCCACAUGUGGCUCCCACCUCACUGUGGUUGGCAUCUUCUAUGGGACAGGCGUCUUCAGCUACAUGCGGCUGGGUUCAGUGGAAGCUUCGGACAAAGACAAGGGGAUUGGGAUCCUCAACACUGUCAUCAGCCCCAUGCUGAACCCCGUCAUCUACAGCCUCCGGAACCCUGAUGUGCAGGGAGCUCUUCGGCAGGUGCUCCUGAGGAGACCACCCCUCAAGUGA